AUGAGGCCUGCUGGACACUCACAAGUCGUUGACCAGCAAAUGCAGAGCGAAAGUGAGAGUAUUAUCGAAUCAGCUGGCGAGAAACCCAAUGAAGAGUACGAGCUUCCCAGAGCCCCCGGUACACUUAACGUCAAUGCAUUACAGAAUUCUUACACCAGCGAUACAGAAGAGGUGGCGGAUAAUUCAGAUUACAGGUCCAUGGAUCCGGGGAAACCUAAAGUGUCACAAGUUGUCAGCGUGGGUGAGAUUCUACAAUCAACGUCUCUCAACGAGCCUAUCCAGUUUACAAGGGUUUCGUCUUCUUCAGCACUAAGCAACAGCUCUUACGAAGCAAGUGAUGUCAUAAGUAGGUCUCAUGAAUCCGAUCUCGAUGCUAAGAAGCCUAUUUACUCACAACAAAAACCCCCAACACAAGAGCCAGGCAUGCUGGAUCUCCAGGAACAAUCCACAAUCGGAGACAAGACAAACUCCACAAUAAGGGCCUCGGAACAUUACAAUGCCGAUAACACAGCAAUGAUCAAUGACUCCAUGCUACUUUCUGGCGAAAACGAGACUCAGAUUUCCCCCGCUUUUUCUACCCAAAAUAGCUCUACAGCCAACAUGGACUAUGACAGUCAAAUGAAGAGUAGUACGCCAAAGAGUGACUAUAGUCGCGAAAACUUCAAACGAGAGGCGUUCGAGCCGCCCGUUACAAGCACACUGCAUGAAGAAUCCCCGUAUCUCACUUCUCAAGAAAACAAUGCGCAAUUCGAUGAUAAUUUUGGAUCCCAAAAGCUUGAUUCUGCCGCGAGGGAUAGACAACCGUGGGUAACACCUGUAUCUGCCCAGGAAGGCUUUCAUUCGUUACAACAUCCUUCCCCGAAUGCCAAAAGGCCGCCUCAGAAGUCACCCUUCAACGUGGUUUCAUCUCCCUUCAAUGGCAUGAAGAGAAAUCCUCGUUCAGGCGACGUAACGCCAGAAAGUCCGAUGUCACAAUCCCAAACACCCUCUCCGGGUUUAGAAGGUAAGAAGCGGAAGAGCGGUGGGAGUAGAAUGAAAGGCGUGUUUUCAUCUCUGAUGCAAAACAUGAAGAGGACUUCACAAGGAGAGAAAAGGCAAUCAAAUGUAGGUUUGAGAAUCUCAACGCCGUACAACGCAAAGCACGUUCACCAUGUUGGGGUUGAUACAAAAACUGGCGAAUACACCGGUUUGCCUGAGGAAUGGGAAAAGCUUCUAACCUCGAGCGGUAUCUCAAAACGAGAACAACAGCAGCACCCGCAGGCAGUCAUGGAUAUUGUGAAAUUUUAUCAAGAUGUGACCGAGGCAAACGGCGAAGACAAGGUGUUCAAAACAUUUCACAUCGGAAAUUCAGGAAAUAAUUCAUCCAGCCCCUCAUCCUCCAGAGUUCCUUCAUCACCCUCUUUGAAUAAGAACGAAAGCUGGCUACCAAAAGCCAAUUCACAGACCAGUGUGGUUACCAAAGAUACUGCUCAGGAACUUCAAUCUCCAGUAAAUCUAAGGGAAGCGCCGAGAUUACAAACUGCGACUAACGAGCGAUUUAUGCCAAGUCGUCCUGCUCCCAAACCUCCAGGCACCUCCACAAAAUCUGACAUUACCUCACCUCUGGCGAAUGCUGCUUCAGCUGCAUCGCCAAAUCUGGAUAGAAAAGGAAGUACAAGCUCUGCAAUCAAGAGCCUAUCUCGUAAGGGUACCAAGACAAGGACCGAACUUCCGCAAAACUUUCAGACGCAACCAAAAAGUGCAGCUCCAAGCAUAAAGCCUAUACCCGAUUCUUCGAACUUAGAUGCGCCAUUUAGGGAGGCUCCUCCCCCUCCUGUACCCAAAGACAAUGCAAAGGGAGAAUCGGCUCUCAGCGACAUGCAGAAAACACUAGAAUCGAAAAGAGAGGACAGAAGAAAGAAGAUUCAACAGCUCUACGCCACACUUACAGAGAUCUGCUCGGAGGGCGACCCUAGUAAGCUUUACAAAAGCUUGAUUAAGAUCGGGCAAGGUGCCUCAGGAGGUGUAUACACAGCUUAUGAGGUCGGGACCAAUGCAUCUGUUGCUAUCAAGCAAAUGAGCCUAGAGAAGCAGCCCAAGAAAGAACUCAUUAUCAAUGAGAUUUUGGUAAUGAAAGCAAGCAAACAUGCUAACAUCGUUAAUUACAUUGACUCGUAUCUUCUGAAAGGUGACCUUUGGGUCGUGAUGGAAUAUAUGGAAGGCGGCUCCUUGACAGAUGUUGUGACACACUGUAUGUUGACGGAAGCUCAAAUUGGAGCUGUGUGCAGGGAAACCUUAAAAGGCCUAAGGUUUCUACAUUCGAAGGGCGUUAUCCACCGUGAUAUUAAGUCUGAUAAUAUCUUACUUUCGAUGGCAGGAGAUAUCAAGCUGACAGAUUUUGGAUUCUGUGCACAAAUUAACGAAACAAACUUGAAACGCACAACAAUGGUAGGGACGCCUUAUUGGAUGGCACCUGAGGUCGUGUCGAGGAAAGAAUACGGUCCGAAGGUUGACAUAUGGUCCCUGGGUAUUAUGAUUAUAGAAAUGAUCGAAGGAGAACCCCCAUAUUUGAAUGAAACGCCGUUACGUGCUUUGUAUUUGAUCGCCACUAAUGGUACACCUGAGCUGAAGGACGCGGACAACUUGAGUGAGGAUCUAAACUUUUUCCUGAACUGGUGUCUGCAUGUAAAUCCCGAAGAAAGGGCUACAGCGUCGCAGUUACUUGUUGAUCCCUUCAUUACGACAUAUGCUGACGAUGUGAAAUCUCUCGCACCUUUGGUUAAGCUGGCAAGAAUGAAGAAGCUCGCGGAGAAAAUGGAGGAUGGUGAUGAAAGCAGGGAAAGCUCCUGA